AUGUUUGCUCGUUCAUCCGUGAAGACCGUGGCUGUGGCUGGACAAGCUACACGCAACAUGUCUGCAUCUGCAAAAGUGUGGAUUAAUAAGGACACAAGAGUUAUUUGUCAGGGGUUUACUGGCAAGCAGGGUACGUUUCACUCAGAGCAAGCUAUUGAGUAUGGUACCAAGAUGGUGGGUGGUGUAACCCCUAAGAAAGGUGGCUCUACACACUUGGGUCUGCCUGUUUUUAAUACCGUGGCUGAGGCCAAGAAAGAGACGGGUGCCGAUGCUUCAGUCAUUUAUGUGCCGCCACCAUUCUGUGCUGCAUCCAUUAUUGAGGCUAUUGAGGCUGAGAUUCCCCUUGUCGUGGCUAUCACGGAGGGUAUCCCACAGCAGGAUAUGGUCAAAGUCAAGUGGCACUUGCGUAACCAGAAGACGACGCGCCUUAUUGGCCCCAAUUGCCCCGGUAUCAUCAAGCCAGGUGAGUGUAAAAUGGGCAUCAUGCCCGGCUACAUCCACCAGAAGGGCAAGAUCGGUAUUGUGUCUCGAUCGGGUACCCUCACAUACGAGGCGGUGGCACAGACUACGGCGUUGGGUUUGGGCCAGUCCACGGUUAUUGGCAUUGGCGGGGACCCGUUCAAUGGAACCAACUUUAUUGACUGCCUUGAACGCUUUACCAACGACCCGGAGACUGAGGGUAUCAUCAUGGUGGGUGAGAUUGGCGGAUCGGCCGAAGAGGAGGCUGCUGAAUGGCUUAUGGCCCACGGGGAUCCUAACAAGCCUGUAGUGAGCUUUAUUGCUGGCACGACGGCUCCUCCUGGACGUCGCAUGGGCCACGCUGGUGCUAUUGUGUCGGGUGGCAAGGGCACGGCUGCUGGAAAGUUUGCUGCGCUUGAAGCUGCUGGCGUUGCAGUUACGCGAUCGCCUGCUCGUCUUGGUAUGACGCUGCUUGAGGAGAUAAAGAAGCGCGAAUAA